AUGUGCCCGUCUUUAACGUCCAUAACUUUCGGAUCUAAAGAGCUACUCAAAAUUAUUAACCGCAUGUGGGGUCAAGAAGAUCGGCCUUCUUCAAGCAUGUCCCUUAUCUCAGCCUUACAUGCUGAGCUAGAGAGAGCACGCUUGCAAGUCAAUCAGGUUAUCCAAGAACAGCGCUCGGACCAGAAUGAAAUAAACUAUCUAAUGAAGUGUUUUGCUGAAGAAAAGGCAGCAUGGAAAAACAAGGAGCAGGAAGUGGUUGAGGCUGCUAUUGAGUCCAUUGCAGGGGAACUUGAGGUAGAAAGAAAGUUGAGGAGACGGUUUGAAAGCUUGAACAAGAAGCUUGGCAAAGAGCUAGCUGAGACUAAAGCAUCGUUUCUUAAGGCAGUGAAAGAACUUGAGAAUGUGAAGAGAGCGAGAAUGGUUAUUGAACAAGUAUGUGACGAGUUAGCCAGAGACAUUGAUGAUCAAGCUGAAGUGGAAGAACUUAAGAGAGAAUCUGUUGUAGUUCGUGAAGAGGUUGAGAAGGAGAGGGAAAUGAUGCAGUUAGCUGAUGUAUUGCGUGAAGAGAGAGCUCAAAUGAAACUCUCAGAGGCUAAAUAUCAGCUUGAAGAAAAAAAUGCCGCUGUUAAUAAAUUGAGGAGUCAACUUGAAGCUUUUAUGGGAGCCACACUCUAUUUACUGAUGAACGAACGUUCUUUAAAUGAGGUUGCUUGUCUAUAG